AUGAGCAGACAAACGCCUCGCAAAGCGCGGCACACUCGCCAGCCAUCAAACCUCAUACCAGCAGUUUCCGACUACGAAUCCGACGCAGCCGCAAUUCACUCCCACUAUGCGCCGCCUCCUCCCCGCACAAAUACCGAACUCAAUGUCUCCGUCCUCCAACGGUACCUCCCCUCUAUUCAAGCCAUUCUGUCCAUAGCAGCCAACGCAGUCGUCUACACAUUCGACAGCGACUCAGCAAGUUGGGACAAGUCCGGCAUCGAAGGCACCAUGUUUGUGUGCGCCCAGUCCCCGCUCCCCGAGAGCCAUCUACCUCGGGCGUGCGUGUUUGUGCUCAACCGGAGGGCAUUGGACAACCUGGUAAUUGACCUUGCCAGGGUGAGCCACGUGGAGAUUGCAGGCGAACUGGUCAUAUUAAAAGUGGAAGGCAACUGGGAGGAAGGCGACAAGGUCAUCGGUCUAUGGAUACACAAUGAUAAAGACGAGACCCGCGAGAUCAAUGGUGCCAUGAUACAGGAGAGUUGGAAAGUUGCAAGAGUAGAAGGGGCUGGUGAGGAGCCGGGACCGGAAGCAGGACCAGCUAUGCAGGCUAUUGGGAGAAGACUAUCCCUUAGCGACCUCUUUGGGAAACAGCACACGCAUCAACCGACCAACUAG